AUGUCUUUCUUCUUCAACCCAUACUCUUCCCCAUACACUCCAUUGUAUGAUUUCGUUGAUGACAUUGCGGAUGCAGUUGAUCAGGUCCACCAGGCAAUUGGCCAGACUUCAAACAAGAGAGGAAACAGGAAGUCCUUGAAGCCAGAUGACAAAAAGGCUGUUGCUAAAGCCCCAAAGCAAGGCGCUCCGGCAAAGAAGGGUGACCAGGAAAAGCAGAAUUCACUACUUUCAUUCUACAACGAUCCAUUCUUUGGCUCCGCCUUUGAUGAGGACACGUUCAUUCCAGCAUUAGAUGUGCACGAAAACGAGAAAUCUUACACUCUAAAGGUUUCUGUUCCAGGUGCUGCAAAGGACCACUUGGAUAUCAACUUCGAUAAGGACAGUCACUUGUUGAGCAUCAAGGGUGAAAUUCCAGAGACCAAGAAUGAGGAGAAGGAAGGUGACACUGUUGUGCACAGUGAGAUUCAAUAUGGUAAGUUUGAGAGGUCUUUGACUUUACCACAGAAUGUCGACGGUGAAAACAUCAAGGCAGGCUUCCAGGAUGGUAUUUUGACUUUGCAGGUUCCAAAGGUUAAGAACUCGCAGAACGUCAAAAAGAUCUCCAUCGAUUGA